AUGUGGUAUUGCCUGAUGGUGGAGGGCAUGUCGCAGGAUGACACAUUGUGGGCUGAUCGGUUCUAGAUAUAAGAACAUAUAUUAAACGGCACGCACACAGCCGUCUAAGGUCGUCAUGCAGAGGGACAAGCUGUUCAUGCUUUACAAUGAGCGCAGAUCCAGUGUAUCCCAGGUUCCCUUUCGCUCGCCCCAGUGGGGAUGAGCCACCCACAGAGUUUCACCGUCUUCUCAGAGAAUGUCCCCUUUCCCGCGUGGAGCUCUGGGACGGAAGCCAUCCAUGGUUGGUGGUAAAGCAUAAGGACGUCUGCGCAGUCCUUACGGACCCCAGACUAUCCAAGAUUCGUCGGCGAGAGGGCUUUCCGGAAAUGUCCCCUGGUGGAAAGGCGGCUGCCAAAAACCGGCCCACGUUCGUUGAUAUGGAUCCUCCUGAUCAUAUGCACCAGAGGAGCAUGGUCGACGCCUUUUUCAAUGAUGACUAUGUGGAUUCUCGUCUUCCAUUCAUUCGAGACACGGUUCAGCAUCAUCUGAAUCAGUUGAUUCGGGCAGGUAAAAAUGAAAAAGAAGUCGAUCUCGUGAAGCAUUUCGCUCUGCCAGUUCCCUCCUGUAUUAUCUAUGACAUACUCGGUAUACCUCAAGAAGACUUUGAGUAUCUAAGCGGUUGUGAUGCGACGCGGACUAGUGGAAGUAGUACUGCCGCCGCCGCUCAAGCUGCCAACAAGGACCUUCUUGAGUACUUAGAGAAGUUGGUCGACAGGAGAACUGCAAAUCCCGGCAAAGAUGUCAUAAGCACCCUGGUCAAGGAGCAAUUGAAACCAGGACACCUUGAGAAACUUGACGUCGUCCAAAUUGCAUUUCUCCUCUUGGUGGCUGGAAACGCUACCGUUGUAAGCAUGAUUGCCUUGGGAGUGGUGACCUUGCUCGAGCACCCUGACCAACUGUCGCGGUUGCUGGAAGACCCAUCGCUCUCCAAGUUAUUCGUGGAGGAACUCUGUCGCUUCCACACAGCAUCCGCACUAGCUACACGGCGUGUGGCUACUGUGGACAUCGAACUUUGUGGACAAAAAAUAAAAGCGGGCGAGGGCAUCAUUGCCUCAAAUCAAGCAGCGAACCGUGAUCCCGAGGUCUUCCCAGACCCAGACACCUUUGACAUGUUCCGAAAGCGAGGACCACAGGAGGCUCUGGGUUUCGGAUACGGUGAUCAUCGCUGUAUCGCGGAAACGCUUGCGCGUGCGGAGCUAGAAACUGUCUUUUCCACUUUAUUCCAAACUUUGCCCAGCCUUAGGCUCGCGGUCCCCAAGUCGGACAUAGAGUGGACACCUCCUACGAGGGACGUGGGUAUCGUCGGGCUUCCCGUGACUUGGGAUAGGGAUUGAAUUGGUGGUAGGAACUGUGAGAUUGUAAAUUGACUUUGGAGGUUUAAGUUUAUGUGUACUUCUAAAUUGUAGGUUGCCUGCUAUCCAAAUAUCCAUUUGAUGUGUUCACCCAUUCAUAGGAAUUAGACGAGGAAUAGAGUCCUAGAUAGAUAUAUUAUUAACAUACCGAACGAAUGUUAUCAAUUCCCAACUCUUUCUCAGCCAGCUGACAUUCAUGGUCUUAGCAAUUCAAAGAAGCAUCAAGGGAGCGCAUCUCCUAGAUAAUCCAUCCCUUGCAGCAAGGUUGGGAUCAAUCUCGGUCAGAUUUACACCGCUACAUCUCCUUCAUUCCAUUGCCAAAGCCAUACUGCCCAUUACCACAGACCAAAUCACACUCAGGUCCAUUCUAUAGAUUUUUCUGGAAUCUUACAUUUGUUUCUCAUGGCUCUAGAAGUGCACACUGGUCGCA